CGACCCGCAUAACUCAUAAACAAAAAAAUUUCUACCCGCACCCGCUCCGCAAAAACCCGCGGGUAACCCGCUUAACCCGCGGGUAAUAUUAAUUAUAUUAAAAAUAAUUAUUUUAAUUAAAAAUAAUUAUUAUAUAUUAAAAAAUAUUAUUUUUAAAAAAUUAUAUUAAAAUAAUAUAUUAAUAAUUAAAAUUAUAUAAAUAUUUACGAGAUUUAAUAUAUUUUUUAUAAAAAAAACAUUUUUUUUUAAAAAAAAAUCUUUUUUUCUUAAAUUUGCGGGUUAACGAGUACCCGCGACUCCAAUUCGACUGACCCGCACCCGCCCCGCUCCACAACGUGGACGCAUGUGGGCUAAACCAUGUGGGCCUCUGUAAAAGCAUAUCAAAACCGUCCAUCCUCAUGACGUACGGGACCCACGAACCGUUCAUCGGCGCAACCUGCCGAUUUAGGGCUCGGUGCAAUGUACUUAAACCGGACACGUUGGCUUGAUCCGCACGUGCACAGACAAAAGUCACGUGCAGUCAAAAGGUCAGAGCAUGAAAGUGAAAGGCAAGUAGUGUGACCACGUGGAGGCGGUCGGAAACAUCGGUACUUGGCCAAUACCCAGUCUAUCCAGCUUACCCAUAUCAUUCACUUUUUCCUUAAGGUUUUGUACUUAGGUUAAGGUUCACUUCUGCCGCCGUAUUUUACAACUUUCAAACCUAAAAAUGUGAAAACUUUUACGUGUUUUAAUCAUCAGUUUAUAAAAAUAGUACCAAAAUUUUUAUACUGGAACUAUAUUGUGACUAUUCACAAAGUCACAUAGAGUUUGAGAAAAAGGUUUGUGUUUCUUUUUUAAGUCUAGUAAUUAUCAUCUAGAAACUUAGAAGAUAAAUGGAAGCUAUUUAACAUUAUAUUGUAUCCCCCUUUUUCUGAUUUACAUCACUUGACAACUUUCACCAAAAAAAACCAUUAAUUGACAAGUUGAGCUGUACAGUACACGUUAAGAGUACUUUUACCAAAAAAAAGAAGACAGUGAAUGCUUUUUAAAAAGGUAAGAGCAAUUUGAUUUGAAGAUGUGGUUAAAUGGAACGGAAUUGUCGAUAAAGAUUUAACCGUCUUAGCAUCGUUGAGUCCGGGACAUCAAGCCAAGCAUGACUAAGCAUGAUUGCAGUCGAUGUGAGUAAUUGCAGGUUGAUUCGUCUUUGGUAGAUAGCCACCAUUUUUUUUGUUCUUAAGAAAAAUACUUCCAUACUCCGUAUAAUUCAGCCGAUUCGAAUGGGUUUUGUAAUGCUGUUUUUAAUGAAAACUAUUUCUCAAAGUUAUAACUCACCAGACAGUGUCAUAAGAUAUAACUCGAUCCUUGUGGAUCUUGAGUACUGCAAGAGUUAUCUAUAUCAACAAACAUGGAAUAAAACCAGUUCUAAUUUUCCGACAUAAACGGGUAAAAUCAUUUAAGGUGAUAAUGAAGCAGCUUGUUUGGAGAAAUAAUUCAAAUAUAUAUUUUUGAGGCUGAGAUAACAUUAAAAGCUCUUGAAACUAAAUUUUCUACAUAUCCUUUAACAAUAGUUCUUAAAAACCCUACUCGACAUGACAUCAUUUCAAUUAAAUAUAUGGAAAACGAUAAGAGGUCCAACAACUUUGAUGAUUAUGGGACACCAUCAAUCAGUACCCUUCUUUUAUUUGAUUUGCUUAUUUUCUUAUAUCAAUCAAAAGUAUUACGCGCCAAAUAUAUUAUAUAUAUGAGAUAGUAUCGUGUGUCCUCUGGGUCAUAUGGAAGUCAAUUGCUGUCAUGUUGUUCUCCAUGUUUCAUGUUUUAGCCUUAGUAUUUAUUAGAUUAAGCCUAACAAUGUAUCUAAGGAUCUUUUUUAUCUUUUUUUGGAGAUUCUUAGAUAGCCUUUGCUAGUUCUAGCAGAAUUAGAUCCAAACUAUUAUAUCUCAAUGCCAUUUCUAUGAAAUGAAUUCACAUUUUGUCAAAAAAAGUAUCGUGUGUCUCUCUCCUAUAUACACAUCUCAGUUCUAAUCAACAUGGUACUUCAUAUAAGAAGAUUUAUACUUUAAAAGUUAAAUAAGUUCGGUAAGUAAAUGUAAGAUAAAAAGCGGUAGCUAUAUAUUCAUCAUAAUCUGAUUAUAAUUGAAAAGUUCCAAAUUUCAAGGUGCAUGGUAUUUUUUUGAUUUUUACCAAAAAAUAGUAUUUUUUUACCGGUAAAAUAAAGAUGUGGGAGUCUUGAACUUAGAAUAUAUUCAUACUUUCUCUCGUUGACAAAAAAAAAUAUUCAUACUUCCUCUCGAAAAAUGUAAACCAUUCUGACCAAGAAAAACUUGUAUUGCUGGUUCAACCCAAUGACUUGAGACUUUUUUAAGAGAGGAAUUGUCGAUCCUAUAUUAAAGUUAGUUAGUUGCUAAAGUUAGUAAUUUACAAUUUGAAGAUGAAAUGUGUAGUUAUAUCAAAUUAUCAAUCAAAUCAUACUUUAUGUGGUUUGUCGCGCGGAAUCUAACAUGACCUGCUUUUGUUGCUUUGUACAAACAUAAAUGUAUGAUUGGGCUAUACAAUAUUAUUAACCUAAAAAUGAGGGUAUAUAAUUAUACCAUAUAUGGGAAUAACCGAUUUCUUGAUGCUACUACACUUCCACUCUUUUGACAAUAAAUAUUAUAUUUCACUUCUCGACUUUGACUUGAACUUUUAUUUAUUUUAAUAUACCAAAUAUAUCUAUGUUACUACAAUAUUUUUUACCAGCCUAAUCAUGGCCAUGGCUUAAAAGGAGCUAGUAAACAUCAAUUAAGAUCUUUGAUAAAAAAGAUCAAUUAAGAUUGGUGGUCUCCACUGGAUUUGAAAAAUAAAUUCAAAAGCAGGUGUGAUCAAUCAGAAAUUACGGGUCAACCUUUUCAAUAAUGCCCACUCCCAUUCUCACAUCUUUGUCGAUGUGUGAUCUGCUACUACCCCAUCCACCAAUUUCAAAAAUAUAAAUUAUAAAAUGGAAAGGAAUUUUUGUUGGAUCCAGCUUGAAAGUAGCUUGAAGAAGAAGCUACCUAAUCCUAUCUAGUUAUGGAUAUCUAUUAGGAUUAGGAAAAUAUGAAUUUGUGUUAAUCCUAUUAAGAUUAGGAGUUAGAUAGUCAUAUAUAUAUUGAGGCAUAUUGAGAUGCAUAUGUGUGACUUUUUGAUAUUGUGAUUUGUGAGUUUGAUUAAUAAGAGAAGGACUUCUUAUUGAAAGCUUUGAUUGUGUGCUUCUAUAUUUGGUAUCAGAGCCUUAUAUAAAACCAUCCGAUUAAAUCAUACGACUGUGAUACUACGACAGCAACCAUGGCAGAAAGCAAAGAAGACGUACCCGGAGUGAUCAACAAAGAGAACGGCCCUGCCUCCAUUAAAUUUCCUAUGCUAACCUCUUCAAAUUACACUGUAUGGGCCAUGAGAAUGAAGAUAGCUCUUAAGGUUAGUGAGGUCUGGGAAACAAUAGAUCCUGGAGCUAAAGAUGAGAAGAAAAAUAAUAUGGCAAUCGCGUUUCUGUUCCAAUCCAUACCAGAAGCCCUAAUUUUACAAGUUGGGGAGAUUGAUACAGCAAAAGGAGUAUGGGAUGCAAUAAAAUCAAGACAUGUUGGGGCUGAAAGAGUAAGAGAAGCUAGACUCCAAACUCUAAUGGCUGAAUUUGAUAGAAUAAAGAUGAAAGAUGAUGACACUAUCGAUAUGUUUGCUGGAAAAUUAUCUGAGAUAUCAUCAAAAUCAGCAUCAUUGGGAGAGAUCCUAGAAGAACCAAAACUUGUAAAGAAAUUUCUUAAAAGUUUGCCAAGGAAUAAAUAUAUCCAGAUUGUUGCUUCCCUCGAGCAAGUCCUUGACCUGAACACUACAAGUUUCGAAGACAUAGUAGGCAGGUUAAAGGCCUAUGAAGAAAGAGUAUGCGUGGAGGAAGAAGAGAAACCUGAUGAUCAAGAAAAAUUAAUGUAUGCGGCUAACUCAGGAUCAAACUAUGAAGGUUACAACAACAAUUAUGGAAACAAUCGUGGUAGAGGACGUGGUGGACGGUCAUCAUGGAGAGGACGAGGUCGCGGUCGUUCCAGUAACUUUGAGAGACAGAGAGAGGCGUACAAACAAGGACAGGGACAGAACAGAGACAUCUCUCAUAUUACAUGUUUCAAGUGCGAUAAACUUGGUCAUUACGCAUCAGAAUGUCCAGACAAGGAGUUGAAACUCCAAGAAGCCAUCGAGAAGAAGGAAGAUGAUACACAUGAGGCUGAUGAAUUGAUGAUGAAUGAAGUAGUAUAUCUAAACGAAAGGAAAGUAAAUCCAAAGAGUUUUGAGACUAACCUGGAGAACACGUGGUAUCUCGACAAUGGCGCAAGCAAUCACAUGAGUGGGAACCGACUAUUCUUUCAAGACCUUGAUGAAAGCAUUACUGGCCAAGUAAGAUUUGGAGAUGACUCGCGCAUCAAUAUAGUAGGAAGAGGCUCCAUACGUUUUACAUUCCGAGGUGGAGAGAAGAAAAUCCUUUACAACGUAUAUUACAUACCAAACUUAAAGAGUAAUAUCGUUAGUUUAGGACAAGCGACUGAGGCUGGCUGUGAAGUUCGUAUGCGAGACAAUACUCUCUCGUUGUUUGAUCGAUCAGGAGAGUUGAUGUUGAAGACCACAAGAUCAAGCAACCGUCUCUACAAAGUGACCUUACACGCUGAACAGGUCCGUUGUCUACAAGUAAUAACCAAUGUCUCGUCUACGUGGCACGCACGUCUCGGACAUGUCAACAUAGAAUCGAUGAAGCUAAUGAUCAACAAGGAACUGGUCCUAGGUAUUCCCAAGCUGAGCAUCGACAAAGAGACCUGUACGACGUGCCUACGCGGGAAACAAGCUCGAUCUUCAUUCCCAAAAUCAACGACAUAUCGAGCUUCAAAACCUCUAGAACUCGUCCAUGGUGAUCUAUGCGGACCGAUCACACCGUCUACACCGGCCAAGAAGCGUUAUGUGUUUGUUCUUAUCGACGACUACUCACGCUAUAUGUGGACAGUGCUGCUAAAGGAGAAAAGUGAAUCAUUUGAGAAAUUCAAAAAUUUCAGGAAGAGUGUUACGCAAGAAACUCAGACAGAAAUCAAAACCUUCAGAACGGAUAGAGGGGGAGAGUUCACAUCACAUGAGUUUCAACAUUACUGUGAUAAACACGGCAUCAACAGACAUUUAACGGCACCCUAUUCACCUCAACAGAAUGGAGUGGUUGAAAGACGAAACCGAACUCUCUUGGAGAUGACAAGAAGUAUCUUGAAACACAUGAAUCUACCAAACUAUCUAUGGGGAGAAGCUGUAAGACAUGCUACCUACCUGAUCAACAGGGUAGCAACGAGGUCUUUGGACGGAAAAACACCAUACGAAGUGCUUAAAUCACGGAAGCCAAACCUCAGCCAUCUUAGAGUAUUCGGAUGCGUCUGCUAUGCGAGGACUGAUACGAUAGGAAGAAAGAAACUUGAUGACAGGUCGAGAGCACUAGUACACCUCGGAACUGAACCUGGAACCAAGGCUUACCGGCUUCUUGAUACCACAAGCAAGCGUAUAGUGGUCAGUCGUGACGUUUGUUUCUUGGAAGAGAAAGAAUGGAACUGGGAUAAGACGGUAAACGAUGAAACAGCGGAGUUCUCUGUGAUGAUAAAGGGAUCGAACGAUGAGCCGAGUGAAGCUGGUGAAGCUACGAACGAGAUCCCAGCUACCGGAGAAGCUUAUUCUGAUAAGAGUGAUGAAGAAGAAGAUGGUGAAGACGUGCAACCACAGUUGCGAAGAUCAACGAGAUCAACUACAACACCAACCUAUCUUAAUGACUAUAUACUACUUGCGGAAACAGAGUGUGAGCAGUUACUAAUGAUGAUCAAUGAAGAGCCAUGGGAUUUUACAGAAGCUAAAGAAUUGGAAGUCUGGAUCGAUGCGUGCAAAGAUGAAAUAGCUUCUAUUGAAGCAAACCACACAUGGGACCUGGUUGAAGUGCCGUCUGGAGUAAAACCUAUAGGCCUUAAGUGGGUUUUCAAAAUAAAACGUAACGCUGAUGGAAGUGUCAUCAAAUACAAGGCACGGUUGGUGGCUAAAGGGUAUGUUCAGAAGCAUGGUAUAGACUAUGACGAAGUCUUUGCGCCAGUAGCACGAAUUGAAACCAUACGUUUGGUCAUUGCACUUGCAGCUGCAAGGAAUUGGGAGGUUCAUCAUCUUGAUGUGAAAACAGCCUUUCUUCAUGGAGAUCUAAAAGAAGAAGUAUUUGUUACACAACCCGAAGGAUUUGUUAUUGCAGGAAGGGAGAAGAUGGUUUAUAAGUUAAAGAAGGCACUUUAUGGCCUAAAACAAGCACCAAGGGCAUGAAAUGCAAAACUCAAUACUAUCCUGCGCAGUUUGAAUUUUCUUAAGUGUUCAAAGGAGCCCUCCCUAUACAGGAAGGAAGAAAAGCGAGGAUUAUUGAUUAUUGUGGUCUAUGUUGAUGACUUAUUAGUAACAGGGUCAUCACUUGCGAUGAUAUUAGAAUUUAAAAAGGAGAUGUCAAAGAACUUUGAGAUGAGUGACCUUGGAAGAUUGACAUACUAUUUGGGAAUAGAGGUGAAGCAAUGUGAAGGAUACAUAGUUUUGAGUCAAGAGAAGUAUGCAAUGAAAAUACUCGAGGAAACCAGUAUGAGUUCGUGUAACUUGACUCACAUACCGAUGGAUAUAAAUGUGAGUUUGUCCAAGUCCUCUAAGGAAAAGAAUGUCGAUGAAAAGAAAUACAGAAGGAACAUUGGAUGCUUGAGAUAUUUGUUGCAUACACGUCCCGAUCUUUCUUAUUCAGUGGGAGUUCUCAGCAGGUACAUGGCAGAGCCCAAGGAGUCUCAUGCUGCAGCUCUGAAACAAGUUUUGAGGUACUUGCGUGGAACCUGUUCUCUAGGGCUUCGUUUUAAAGCCAGCAAGAACGUAGAGCUAAUAGGCUAUAGUGAUGCCUCGCAUAACCUCGACGCUGAUGAUGGAAAGAGCACCACUGGUCAUGUGUUCUAUCUUGGUGAGAGUCCUAUAACCUGGUGCUCACAGAAACAAGAGAUUGUCGCGUUAUCAUCAUGUGAAGCUGAGUUUAUGGCUGCUACGGAAGCUGCAAAACAAGCAAUUUGGCUUCAAGAAUUGUUUAGUGAAGUUAUGGGUGAAGACUGCAAACGGGUGACAAUAAAAGUGGAUAAUAAAUCUGCAAUUGCGUUGACAAAAAAUCCGGUGUUUCAUGGGCGAAGCAAACAUAUACACAGGAGAUUCCACUUCAUAAGAGAAUGCGUUGAGAAUGAUCAAGUAGAAGUUGAACAUGUUCCAGGAACUGAGCAACGAGCUGACAUACUUACCAAGUCGCUUGGUAGAACAAAGUUUGUCGAGAUGAGGACUCUAGUUGGCGUUCAUGACGUGUGCGAGAGCGAGUUCAAGCUUAGGCGGGAGAAUGUUGGAUCCAGCUUGAAAGUAGCUUGAAGAAGAAGCUACCUAAUCCUAUCUAGUUAUGGAUAUUUAUUAGGAUUAGGAAAAUAUGAAUUUGUGUUAAUCCUAUUAAGAUUAGGAGUUAGAUAGUCAUAUAUAUAUUGAGGCAUAUUGAGAUGCAUAUGUGUGACUUUUUGAUAUUGUGAUUUGUGAGUUUGAUUAAUAAGAGAAGGACUUCUUAUUGAAAGCUUUGAUUGUGUGCUUCUAUAAUUUUGCACUAGAUAGCAAAAUUGUAGACGUAAAUUAGGUAACAGGUAAAGAGACUGUGCAUUUUGCAGUAAUAUCUAAAGUGUCCCUAUGGACAUAACAAAAUCAAAUAAAACGAUCAAUGACACGUAUGAAGCAAAAAAAUGACGGGACUGUUGCACAUAUCGAAAAUACCAAUAAUGCAAACAAUCUUGAAACUUCUGAUAAUGCAAAGAAUCGGAAAUUCACUUAUGUAGAUAUGCACCCUACUGUCAUAUAUCCGGUUACUAAUAGUAAAACCCGGAUUAGAUAAAUGUAAUUAUGCUAUAAUUGCAGCCUAUUGACACAUAUACGCGUAUCUCUAGCUCUUGCUUUCUUUAAUAAAAUACUUCUAACAUUCAAGCUCCGUUAUUUGACAGAGAACCAACACCAUCUCCUAACAUGGAUAGUAUUUUGAUUGAUAUAUCAAGAUGAACAGGAUACCAUGGUCCUAUGGCGUCAAGCACUCUUCAUAUCACUUUCAGCGCAUGGAACAACAUGUUGUAAAAUAUCUUCCUAUCGAUCACAUUUCUGACAAAUAAUUUGUAAAAUAUCUCACAACUCUUCUCUCUUCAAUUAUUAGAGCUAUAUCCGGUUUCAAUAUCUUAUAUCAUCAUUUUAAAUGAAUGUAUCCAGUUUCAAAACGUUGAUUGCGUUUGGAAACAGUUUCAAUACAAUAUAAUUUUUUUGGUAUCAGUCCCGGUAGCAGGUAACACAUACGUAACGAAGAAGUUGGAGCUAAAGGAGAAAAUUGGCAACUCAAAGCAAAAUUGACAUGGUUCCCCAAUUAUUUUAAAAAAAAUGCACAUUUCUGCAAUUACCUCCUCCAAUUUGUAUUUCUAGCUAAAUAGUCCAAACAAAUACAAAACCAAAUGUCUCUUUCAUUAUUGUUCUACUCGUUUUGAAUUUGAGCAAGCUUUCAUAGUCUAUAACUAAUUUGCACAUAUAUAUAGAAAUGAUAAAAUAUAUAUACACUUUUUAUAUGUUUGUGAAUGAACUACAAACUGUUUUGAAAAACCUAUUAAACUAUAGAAAUGAUAAAUAAAAAAAUCUGCUUUUUAGCUUUAUAAAUGACAAAGAAAAACUGUUGGGUUUGUAUACCGUGAAAAUAAAAGGUGAUUGUAUUGAUUGAUGAAUUAUUUAGAAGGGAGAAGAAGCAACAUGGGCAAAUUGCCAAAUUGGUUUAAUAACUGACCCACAUGUCUACCUGACCGUUUUGGACUUUCUGAGUUAGUGUCCAAGACUUUGGGCCCAUAAAGAGGACCCUACACAAGACAGGACAAAAAUAAAUUCUUACCAAUCGUCCACGUAGACAUUACCACGUGGAAAUCUAACCACGUCUACGAUCUUUAACGAGAUGCUUGUCAGAGUGAUGUGGACGGUCAGGAUCAUUUUAUCCACGCUUUUGAUAUGGUGGCUAAUUAGGCCUUAAGAUUAUUCAAUUAAGAUCUUAGCCCAUUAAUAAAGUUAGGCCCAGUUCUGACGAAAUCUAACGCAAAGCUUCGGCAUCUAUCGAUCGUCGAUUCGGUUCGAGUUAGUCCUUAUGAGAACACAGCUUACAGAGAUUGGUUCAGGACUCGAAGAUUGAUUCUUCUUUCAGGACUGGUGGUUAUAGGAGCCAUCGUUCGUAGGAUGAUUGAGUUACGCGUCAGAGAAUGCUAUUUGCUCCUCUGUCUUAUCGUCUUCAUAAUCGCUGCGCCUUGCCACAGCCAUGAGAGCUUGUUUGGUGGAAAAACUUUAUAUGCUGGCAAGGAACUACGGAAGGAGAGUCUGCCGUUGCAGUCCGGAUCUCGAGUUUACAGAUUACAAGGGCUUAAGUCAAGUUCUUGAUCCCUGCUCUGUUCUCGCUGCAACUGUUAAGGAACGGUGGAACGGGUUUGAAGCUAAAUCAGAUGAGGAGAUUGUUAAACACUGAGAAGUUGAUAUUUAAAACCGAAAGUUUUGAAAAAGUUGAUGACAAGGACGGGUUGUAUGUUUUGGUGACGGUGGAACCAGAAGGAAUCGUGGCUAUACCAAAUUUCAAAGAACGGUCGUUUAUCAUUUACAACAUAG